ACGAAUUGCUACCUGAGAGAUCUCCUGAUUAUUGAGACUGUACCGAACCCUCCUUGCCUCUUCUGAUGUUGCUGCUGCUUCUGCCUUUGCUGCUGCCUUGGGGACUGGAAUCAGUCGCCAUGAUUGCCACCCCGCCUCGAGAAAACCCUCUGGUUGCCUGGUUGAGAGCCUACGCCCUACAGGAGGUCCUCAUCGGGAACCUGUCAGAUGUCCCCCCAUCACACGAUUGCGUUGCCUGUACAAGACCAAAGGCCUCAGAGGGAGGGUCCCCCUUCCUCUGGGAGUUCCUCCCCCUCACGAACCUGACUCCACAGCAUCCAGCUUCAGCCUGCAACAACACAAACUGGGUUCAUCGGCCUCUGUUCACGUGCAACACCACCAGCGACGACCGAAGACCCAACUCAUUCGCCCCUGUUGCGGUGACAGGACCACUCCCAGCAGCCCCCUGCAUCGUGUUCUUUGGCUUCUCCAAUCCCACUCCGUUGGGGCAGUAUCCCAAUUGCACCCAAUGGUUCAUAGGACCUCGGCCUAACUCAAACCCCAAGAAAGGAAGCUCAAGAUACCGCACUGAGUUCACCAGGUUUAUUAAUCAUCUUUCAACAAGUACAGUGUUUAACCCCACCCAAUACUUAUCCACAGCUCAGACCCAUGUAGAACUGAGACAGGUCAGAGCCGCCCACCUACUAUGGAUGGAGGUCGAUAUACCACCUGGCCAGAAAUCCCCCCAGCGAAGCUCCAUCCAUGACCAGUUUUUACCCUCUUCCCCAGGACAAGUGUGGCUCUGUGGGAACAACAUUGCCCGGACUGCUCUACCCGCAUUCCCAAAGGGGGUAUGUGCCAUCGGGCAACUCGUCAUAAAGGGAGGAGGGCUCUUUCACCACCGUCGCCCCUUCUUCUCCUCACCACGCAAACGACGAACAGCCACCGCAUGGGAGCGACUCAAGUCAGCCACCGAGAUGGUCAUAGGAGGGUACAUACAGUUUAACCCCCUCUCAUACAGUUUAACUUUACAGCAAAUCCGUGGACUGUCGCUUGGUCUGGAGGCCCUCACCAACAUCACAGCAGAAGGACUUCGUUGA